AUGGCCUCUCCUAGGAGGUUUCAGACCCUCGUCCCGCUGAAGCACAAACAGGAUACCUUAUUUGAGGUGGCAGGAGACUCCAAGUUGCCCAAGUGGUUCCACGUCGAGUACCUGGAUGACCCGAGAACAAUGUACGUGGAUCCUUGGCUGGUGGAAGCGAUAUUCGGCCGGAACGGAGAGUACAUCCCGCACGUCGAGUGCAUGACCCACACCCUGAUUCACGUGAACCUGGGGGAGCCUGGAGAGAAGGCCGAGAUUUUGAUAUUCGGGCCUCCCGAUUACCAGAAGGACGUUUCCCAGAUGGUUUCGAACUUGGUUGACUAUUUCCAGAAGCAAGUGGAGCAGAGUAGGUGUGGGCUUGGGGGUAGGCAGGAGAGGGCUCAGAGGGCUGAGGCCCAGCCGGCUCCUGUGAAGGUCCCUGCGGCCGCCAGGCUGCGGGCUCCGGUGCAGGUCCGUGAGGCCACCACGCAGCCGGACCCCGUGCAGGUCCGUGAGGCCGCCACCCAGCCGGACCCCGUGCAGGUCUGUGAGGCCACCACCCAGCCGGACCCCGUGCAGGUCCGUGAGGCCACCACCCAGCCUGAUCCCGUGGAGGUCCGUGAGGUCGCCACCCAGCCUGACCCCGUGGAGGUCCGUGAGGCCACCACGCAGCCUGAUCCGGUGGAGGUCUGUGAGGUCGCCACCCAGCCGGAUCCGGUGGAGGUCUGUGAGGCCACCACGCAGCCUGAUCCCGUGGAGGUCUGUGAGGCCGCCACGCAGCCGGAUCCAGUGGAGGUCUGUGAGGUCGCCACGCAGCCGAAUCCAGUGGAGGUCUGUGAGGUCGCCACCCAGCCUGACCCGGUGGAGGUCUGUGAGGUCGCCACCCAGCCUGACCCGGUGGAGGUCCGUGAGGCCGCCACCCAGCCGGACCCCGUGGAGGCGGGUGAAACCGUCACCCAGAACCCUGCAGGGGAGGUCCGCCAAAAUGUGACUGUGCAUUGA